AUGAGCAAGGCCGAAGCCAAGCCUAGGCUCAUACGAUGGAUCUUAUUAUUGCAGGAUUUUGACAUUGAGAUUCGGGACAAGAAGGGAGCGGAGAAUGUUGCAGCUGAUCACCUCUCCCGGUUCGACGCACCUCCUGCAGACAAUCUCGUGGAGGAGAUCAACGACUCCUUCCCAGAUGAGCGACUGAUGAUGAUGUGCCUGGUGGAGAGUGUCACCCCCUGGUAUUCUGAUUUUGCGAACUACUUGGUGGGCCAGCAGCUGCCCAAGGGGAUGACAACUCACACCAAGAGGAAGUUCUUCUCCGACCUGAAGCAUUACUUCUGGGAUGACCCUCAUCUCUUCAGGAUCGGAGCCGACGGGAUCAUCCGUCGCUGUGUUAUGGAGAGUGAGAUGGAGGGCAUUCUAUCUCACUGUCAUGAGGGACCUACUGGCGGUCACCACGGAGGAAACCGCACGGCAAGGAAGGUGCUCCAAUCGGGCUUCUACUGGCCCACGCUCUUCAAGGACGCUGACGCCUUCGCACGCCGGUGCGACCGAUGCCAGAGGUUAGGUAACAUCUCUGCCCGUGAUGAGAUGCCCCAGAAUGUGUUUAUAACCUGUGAAAUCUUUGAUGUCUGCGGUAUCGAAUUCAUGGGCCCCUUCCCUCCAUCUUUUGGCAAUACCUAUAUUCUGGUUGCUGUUGACUACGUCUCUAGGUGGGCCGAGGCGCAAGCUUUGCCCACUAAUGAUGCUAGACGUGUUUGUGGUUUUCUGAAGCACCUAUUCUCCCGGUUCGGGACACCUAGAGCCAUCAUAAGCGAUCGAGGCACCCAUUUCCAGGGCCAGUUUGAUAAGUUACUGUCGCGCUAUGGUGUAACUCACAAGGUGUCUGUGGCCUAUCACCCUCAGACCAGUGACCAGGCCGAGCUGACGAACCGGGAGCUCAAGCGGAUCCUGGAGAAGACGGUGGAUCAGUCCCGAAAGGAUUGGUCCACCAAGCUCGAUGAUGCUCUAUGGGCAUACCGCACUGCCUACAAGACGCCCAUUGGUACUUCACCGUAUCGGCUUGUCUAUGGAAAGGCAUGCCAUUUGCCCGUGGAGCUAGAGCACAAGGCCUUCUGGGCCCUUAAGCUGCUAAACUUGAAUGUUAGUGUUGCAGGUGUUGAGCGCAAAAUGCAGAUGCUAGAGUUAGAGGAGUGGCGUUAUCACGCCUAUGAGAACACCAAGCUUUACAAGGAGCGCACUAAGCGCCUGCACGACGCACGGUUGCGGGGUCCGAAAGAGUUCUAG